CCCGGCCCGGCGCGGAGCCCGGGGCGCCCGGAGCCCCGCCAUGUCGCGAUCUAACCGGCAGAAGGAGUACAAAUGCGGGGACCUGGUGUUCGCCAAGAUGAAGGGCUACCCACACUGGCCGGCCCGGAUUGAUGAGAUGCCCGAGGCUGCGGUGAAAUCAACAGCCAACAAAUACCAAGUCUUUUUUUUCGGGACCCACGAGACGGCAUUCCUGGGCCCCAAAGACCUCUUCCCUUACGAGGAGUCCAAGGAGAAGUUUGGCAAGCCCAACAAGAGGAAAGGGUUCAGCGAGGGGCUGUGGGAGAUCGAGAACAACCCUACUGUCAAGGCUUCUGGCUACCAGUCCUCCCAGAAAAAGAGCUGUGUGGAAGAGCCGGAGCCCGAGCCCGAAGCCACAGAGGGUGAUGGUGACAAGAAGGGGAAUGCUGAGGGUAGCAGUGACGAGGAGGGGAAGCUGGUCAUCGAUGAGCCAGCCAAGGAGAAGAACGAGAAGGGGGCGCUGAAGAGGAGAGCGGGGGACGUGCUGGAGGACUCCCCUAAACGUCCCAAGGAGGCAGAAGACCCCGAAGGGGAGGAGAAGGAGGUGGCCACCUUGGAGAGUGAGAGGCCCCUCCCUGUGGAGGUGGAGAAGAACAGCACCCCCUCUGAGCCUGGCUCUGGCCGGGGGCCUCCUCAGGAGGAAGAGGAGGAAGAAGAGGAGGAAGAGGCUGCCAAGGAAGAUGCUGAGGCCCCAGGCGUCAGAGAUCAUGAGAGCCUGUAGCCACCAAUGUUUCAAGAGGAGCCCCCGCCCCGUUCCUGCUGCUGUCUGGGUGCUACUGGGGAAACUGGCCAUGGCCUGCAAACUGGGAACCCCUUCCUCACCCCAGUCCCACUCUCCUCUUCCACUCACUCACUCCCCUCCAAGCCCAGCCCCUGGAGAUUGACCUGGAUGGGACAGGCCAGCUGGCCCUCACUCCCAUGUCCCCACACCCCUGUGAUCUGAAUCAGGGCUGUCUUCUGCUCCAUGGGAUGAGAUGAGGCCACUGUGUCCCUCCCUGCCUGUCUCCCAGGGUUUCUCUUGGGGCCUGGACCAGCUGUUUUCACCUCCUGACAUGCCUCUCCCUCUCCCCAGGCAUUCUGGACCUCUGGGUUGGUUGGGAUCAGGGCUAGGUGUGGAAGGGGUGGAGGAUAAACAGCAGGGUGGGUUUCUGGGGCCUGGGAGGGGCAGUCCUCAAAUUGGGGUGGGAGGGCGGGCAGGAGGAUGGCAUCUUCUUGAGCUCCUGUCCCUUCCUCCCAUACCUAUUAUCCCAGCUGCCUAGAUUCAGGGAAAGUGGGACAGCUUGUGGGGGAGGGGCUCCCUUCCACAAAUCCUUGAUGAUUGACAACACCCAUUCUUCUUUUUGCUGACCCCCGGAGUUCUGGGAGUUGUAGUUUAUCAUCAAAAGAUUUUGGGGCUGCCAGGUUGUUUGGGCCAAGGGCCUGAGAUCUGAAGGGUUGAUUUUGCCUAGCUUGGGUAGGAGUGUUGAGGAGUUCUGUCCCCCUUUAAAUCUCAGGCCAGAGAUGGGAUGCCCUGGGGAGAUCCCUAGCUGCCCCUUUCCCUCUCCCCACAGUGUUCAAGGCCGGCCUGCAGUCACAUGUCACCCAGACAUAAAGGAAAAGACACAUUUUUUAGGAAAUGUUUUUAAUAAAAGAAAAUUACAAAAAAAAUUUUAAAGACCCCCUAUCCCUUUGUGUGCCCCCCACUCUGCUCCUUUCUUCCCCACUGUUGCCCCCCUUUCUGAGGCGCACUGGGAGGCUCCCCUUCUGUUUGGGGCUUGAUGACUUUUCUUUUUGUAGCUGGGGCUUUGGUGUUCCUUUCGGUAUCAUUUCCCAUCCGCAUACUCCCACCUGGUCCCCUCGGUGUUGACACCAGAUCCGAUUUGUAACCCACUGAGAGGACAGAGGGAAACGAGUGCCCUCUCCCAACCUCUUUCUAGUGGUCUCUGCCUCUCUUCCAUCUCUUGUCUCUUUCACCCUUGCCCCUCUCCCUUGGGCUCUGAUGAAAAAUUGCUGACUGUAGCUUUGGAAGUUUAGCUCUGAGAACCGUAGAUGAUUUCAGUUCUAGGAAAAUAAAACCCGUUGAUUACUACA